AUGACAGCGCGAGAAACAGACACCAGCGCCGUCGAUAUGGCAACCCAGCCGGCCCAGGAUGCCGAGAACAAUCUGCUGUCCCCCGUUCCUGGCGGGAAAAGGUCCAGGAGAGAAACACGGAGACUGUCUAGCCAGAGUGUUACUCGGGCAGAUCUCUUCGCAGGCCCGACAGUCGUUGCACCACCUGAACACAUAGGCUCGAAGACCAAUGCCCACUCAACCGCCCAGGCCAUGGAGAUGGCCAAACACCACUUGGCCGAAGGUUCCGAGGUCAGCACUCCAGACGAGUCCGGGCCGUCGACGCCGGAUGAUUCGGGCCUCAAGACGACCGACAAGUAUGCCUUCGCUUUCGAUAUCGAUGGUGUGCUUAUCCGCGGAGGCGAAGUCAUCCCCGAGGCUAUCGAGGCCAUGAAGGCUCUGAACGGCCAGAACGAAUAUGGCAUCAAGGUGCCCUAUAUCUUCGUGACCAAUGGAGGCGGUAAGACCGAAGAAGAGCGAUGUAUUCAACUAUCGCAACAGCUUCAGAUGGAGGUGUCCCCUGGACAGUUCAUUUGUGGUCAUACCCCCAUGAGGGAGCUGGCGCAGAAGUAUCACACCGUCCUCGUCGUCGGCGGCGAAGGCGAUAAGUGUCGCAAAGUCGCCGAGGGCUACGGAUUCAAAGAUGUCAUCACUCCCGGAGACAUCAUCAAGGACAACAAAGACACCACUCCCUUUAGAACGUUGACCGAAGAGGAGCUGAGGCACUCGAAGAAACGCAACUACGGCGAGGUCAAUAUCGAGGCUGUCUUUGUCUUUGCCGACAGCCGAGAUUGGGCGGGAGACUCUCAAAUCAUCCUCGACUUGUGCAUGAGUAAGAACGGUCGGCUCGGCACCCGUUCAGAAACCUUCGAUGAAGGUCCUCCCGUCUUCUUCUCUCACAACGAUAUCCUCUGGGCCACAUCCCACAGCUACUCGCGAAUCGGCAUGGGCGCCCUUCGGGCUUCCCUAGAAGCCAUGUUCAAAGCCAUCACGGGCAAGGAACUCAAGACGGUUGCUUUUGGAAAGCCCCAAGUAGGAACCUUCGAGUUUGCAACUCGGCUACUUCAGCAAUGGCGGAAGGACACCCACGGCAUUAACCGACCUCCGGAGACGGUCUACUUCGUGGGCGAUACCCCAGAGUCGGACAUCCGGGGCACGAAUGAGUUUGACGAAAGUGGCAAAUCUGACGCCCAAUGGUUCUCCAUCUUGGUCAGAACUGGUGUCUUCCGCGAGGGCACACGCCCUGCCUACAUGCCUAGGAUGACCGUGGACGAUGUCCUGGAGGCGGUUAAGUUUGGCAUGAAGCGGGAGUUUGAGAAGGCAAUGAAGAAUCUAACAAUUGGCGGCGGCGCACCUCAGCUCGCCAAUGCCAUCGCCGAGGACGACUUCGAGCACGAGGCAAACGAACAGCAACAUCAAUAG